CGCAAGGCGCAAUAAAUAUUUCAUACCUACUCUUUGGCUUUGCUUUGGCAUUUUGGUUUGGUGUAAAAACUUUCUCAGCGAAUUCAGCAAUUCUAAAGUUUCUCAUUUUCGAUGUUGAUUUAAGAAUAUAGGAAAGAAACUUGGUUAAUUUCAAUAACCGUUGAUAAAUACAAACCAAAACUAAGAAAAGGACGAUGGCGGACCAAAGUAGAGGUCGUGGACGGGGCUUGGCCUUACUUAAGGACCUAAAGAAGUCUCUAGCUGCUGAUUCACAGUCAUCAUCAGGGGAAUCUUCUGUAAAGGAGUUCCCCGGUCCAAGUGUACCUCCUAGUGUGCCCCCAAGUUUGCCUCCAAGUGUUGUAAGUGCUGCUACAGGUAUGCCUUCUACAACUAUUGGUGGCAGAGGAAGGGUUGCAGCUAUGAUGCUGUCCAAAAUGCAUCAACAAACUAAAGAUGUCCAGUUCUCUCCGGCAUCAGAUGUCAGCCCUUCAGCACCAACAGUGGGAGCAGGCAGAGGCAUCAAGUUACUGCAGAAUUUGAAAGCUCAAAUGGCGCAGAGUCAGCCACACGUUGGAGGUGCAGAAGUCAAACAAAUAACAGAGAAAAUGGCCGAGAGUACAAUAUCAUCUGUUCAAUCUUCAACUAUACCUAAAAAUAAAUAUUUUAGAGAGAUCAAAGAAACACCGCCUGUUGUAAGAAAGGGUGAAUCGGGAACACCUUGUGAAGUAACAGCAAACUUUAUUCGUCUUAAUUUUGAAGAGGAUCACGUAUUUGAGUAUGAAGUAAGAUACAAUCCUGAACAAGAUUACAAGAACCUAUGUUUCAAACUUCUUAAUGAACACAGUCAAUAUUUCAAAACUAAAACAUUUGAUGGUACCACAUUAUAUGUACCUCAUAUGUUACCCGAAGAGGCUAUGAAUCUUGUCUCAACAAAUCCUUAUGAUAACAGCAAAGUUCAAGUUAUAAUACGUUUCCGUCGAACGCGUCGUUUGAGUGAAAUGAUACAUAUAUACAAUGUGGUGUUUAAGCAAAUAAUGAAAGAUUUACAAUUAGUACGAUUCGGACGACAGUAUUUCAAUGAACAUAGCGCUAUACAAAUACCACAACAUAAGCUUGAAGUGUGGCCCGGAUAUGUAACAGCUGUGGAUGAAUACGAAGGAGGUUUAAUGUUGACACUGGACUCUACACAUAGAGUGCUGCGUACACAGACUGUACUGUCACUUAUAAAAGAGACAGUCCAGUGCGAAGGUGCUAACUGGAAGCGAGCAAUGACAGAUAAACUCAUUGGCAGUUCUGUUAUGACCACAUAUAAUAAGAAAUUGUUUCGAGUCGAUAGUAUUGACGAUACAAUGACACCCAGAUCUACAUUCGAAAAGUUAGAAAAUGGACAACCUGUUCAAAUCUCAUUUAUUGAUUACUAUAAGAAAAAUUAUGGAAUUGAAAUCAUGGACUGGGAACAACCACUUUUAAUAUCAAGAGACACAAAGCGGUUGCCCGGAUCAGAGCAAGCGACAGACUUCAUGAUCUGCUUGGUGCCGGAGCUGUGCCAGCUGACAGGACUGACUGAUGACCAGCGCAGCAACUUCCGUCUCAUGAAGGAUGUUGCCACUUACACACGGAUCACACCCAAUCAAAGACAUGCCGCAUUCAAAAAGUACAUACAAAACGUGCUGUCAAAUGAGACUGCAAAGAGCCGUUUAACCGGUUGGGGGCUGAGUAUAGCACCGGAGACUGUCAACAUCACCGCUAGGACUCUGCCCCCGGAGCCUCUCUACUUUGGAAACAAUGUCAAAGUGCCCGGAAAGGAUAAUGCUGAUUGGAACGGAGAUGUUUCUAGAAAUGCUGUUAUGCAAGCCGUUGAUAUCCUGCGAUGGGUUGUGCUCUUCACUGAUAGAGAUAAAAAUGUGACUAAUGAUUUUGUAGAUACAUUGAAGCGUUGUUGUCGACCGAUGGGUAUCAACGUAUCCGCACCAGAACUGAUACGUCUACCCAAUGACCGCACGGAUUCCUACGUUGCGGCUCUCAGGAAGUUUUCUAUAGCCAACUUACAGCUAGUCGUAGCUAUCUGUCCCACUAUACGAGAUGACAGAUACUCCGCUAUAAAGAAGAUAUGUUGUGUUGAUAAUCCUGUUCCUUCACAAGUGAUAAAUGCUCGUACAAUAAUGAACAGUCAGAAGAUCCGUUCCAUCACUCAGAAGAUUUUGCUCCAAAUGAACUGCAAACUUGGUGGUACAUUGUGGAACAUCAGUAUACCGUUGAAGUCAGCCAUGAUCAUAGGCAUUGACUCCUAUCAUGAUGCGAGUAGGAAAAAGAGAAGUGUUUGUGCAUUCAUAGCAUCUUACAAUCAAACGAUGACACACUGGUACUCCAAAGUGGUGUUACAAGAGAGAGGGCAGGAGAUUGUUGACAGCCUCAAAUCAUGUUUCGUUGAUGCGUUGAAACAUUACCUUCGAGUCAAUGGAAGAUUACCAGACAGAAUUAUUAUUUACAGAGAUGGUGUUGGUGACGGUCAGUUAAAACUCCUCCAAGACUACGAGAUCCCUCAGAUGCAGAUCUGUUUCUCAAUCUUGGGCACUACGUACAAGCCUUCGCUUACAUACAUUGUUGUACAGAAACGUAUCAAUACGAGAAUAUUCAUGAAGACUCGCAACGGUUUCGAGAAUCCCUUCCCAGGAACUGUUCUAGAUCAUUGUGUCACGAGACGAGAUUGGUACGAUUUCCUCAUCGCAUCGCAGAAAGUCAACCAAGGUACAGUCACGCCCACACAUUAUGUCGUAAUACAUGACGACAGUGGCAUGACAGCGGACCAGUGCCAGCGGCUGACGUACAAGAUGUGCCACCUGUACUACAACUGGCCUGGCACAGUGCGUGUUCCAGCGCCGUGCCAGUACGCGCACAAGCUCGCCUACCUUGUCGGACAGAACAUACACCAGCUGCCGUCGGACGCCCUCACCGAUAAGUUGUUCUUCUUGUAGAUUGCACUUUUGUCUCUGACUGUCCGUAAUGCAUCUACUUCGAUGUCACAAGUACAGUUAGGAUGAAUAUAGCUUUGAACAUAGACCAGCUGCCUUCUGACGCGCUCACUGAUAAGUUGUUCUUGAAGAUUGCACUUUUGUCUCUGACUGUCCGCAAUGUAUCUACCUCGAGUACAGUUAGGAAGAAUAUUCCUUUGAACAUAGACCAGCUGCGCCUAACGUGCUCACCGAUAAGUUAUUAUUG